GCGAUCACGUUGUAGUUGUCGUGGAAGACAAGAGUGCCGAAGAGUUUCGCCCCGGUUUAAAAUUUUACGAAAUUUAUUGUGAAGUGUAAUCGAAAGACUCCUUUUUAUUGCUGGCAUAACAACAAUAGAUUUUCAGACAAACGAUCAGAAACACCGUUAUUCAACAGUCUAAACUAGAAUAACCAUGUAUGUUCGUAAAAAGUAGAUGAGUGGGGCUAUUGGAGAUGCGGGCCGGGCGUCCAAGGGUCAGGAUAAGCACAUGGUACAUUGGUUCCGUAAAGGAUUGCGCUUACAUGACAACCCAUCACUGCGAGAAGGAUUAAAAGGAGCCAGGACAUUCCGCUGUGUUUUCGUUCUUGACCCUUGGUUUGCAGGCUCUUCAAAUGUUGGCAUAAACAAGUGGAGGUUCCUUCUUCAGUGCCUAGAAGAUCUAGACCGAAAUCUGCGAAAACUAAACUCGCGUCUUUUCGUCAUUAGAGGUCAACCAGCUGACGCUUUGCCUAAGCUUUUCAAAGAGUGGGGCACAACAUUUCUCACUUUUGAAGAAGAUCCCGAACCAUUCGGUGGAGUACGGGAUCACAACCUCACAACACUAUGCCAAGAACUAGGCAUUUCCGUAGUGCAAAGAGUAUCUCAUACGUUGUACCCCUUACAAGACAUAAUAGACCGAAACAGCGGAAGAGCUCCUUUGACUUACCACCAGUUCUUAGCAAUUAUAGCUUGCAUGGGACAGCCUCCGCAACCAGAACCGCCCGUUACCUUUGGUUCUUUAAAUGGAGCCCACACACCUUUAACCGAGGACCAUGACGAAAAAUAUGGGGUGCCUACACUGGAAGAACUAGGGUUUGAUACGGACGGACUCAUACCACCUGUAUGGCAAGGAGGGGAGAGUGAAGCACUAGCGAGGCUGGAGAGGCAUCUGGAACGGAAGGCUUGGGUAGCAUCCUUCGGGAGACCAAAGAUGACUCCUCAGUCGUUGUUGCCAUCACAAACGGGAUUAUCGCCAUAUCUUCGGUUUGGGUGUUUGUCAACUAGAUUGUUUUAUUAUCAACUUACUGACCUCUACAAGAAGAUUAAGAAAGCGUUUCCACCUUUAUCGCUUCACGGACAACUAUUAUGGAGGGAGUUCUUUUAUUGUGCUGCUACAAAGAAUCCUAAUUUUGAUAAAAUGAUUGGUAAUCCAAUAUGUGUUCAAAUUCCGUGGGAUAAGAAUGCAGAAGCGUUAGCAAAGUGGGCAAACGGACAAACUGGAUUUCCUUGGAUAGAUGCUAUCAUGACACAACUUCGCGAAGAAGGUUGGAUACAUCAUGUGGCAAGGCAUGCGGUUGCGUGUUUUUUGACUCGUGGGGACCUAUGGUUAUCUUGGGAAGAAGGAAUGAAGGUGUUUGAGGAAUUACUCCUUGAUGCAGACUGGUCAGUAAACGCAGGGAUGUGGAUGUGGCUUUCCUGCUCCAGUUUCUUCCAACAGUUUUUCCAUUGUUACUGUCCGAUUAAAUUUGGAAGAAAAGCAGAUCCUAAUGGGGAUUACAUAAGGAAAUAUUUACCAGUGUUGAAAAAUAUACCAACGCAGUAUAUUCAUGAACCUUGGACUGCUCCAGAACAUAUACAGCGGGCUGCAAAAUGCAUUGUCGGGAAAGAUUAUUCUCUGCCGAUUGUUAAUCACGCUGCGGCCAGUCGAAUUAAUAUUCAAAGAAUGAAACAAGUAUAUCAACAGCUUUCAAAUUAUCGUAAUGUGGAGAACUCCCGUAAAUAUAAAGAAGGAUACCAAGAACAACCGAAUGUUGUUACCGUCGGUAAUCCUAGUAGCAAAUAAGAUUCUUCUUUUGCCGUUAGUUUACUAUUUAAUAUACGCAUGUUACUAGUCUAUAAUUGUCAAAUUUUUAUACAUUCUGUGUUUUCAGUCUGUUAUACCUAAAUGUGUCAUAAUUAAAUGUUUCAAAAACAUUAACAGUUUUCAAACACUGUAAUCUGAUAUCUAAUUAGGUAAGUGAUUAAACUGUUUUAACACGACCGUGGUUCUGAUUCAUUGUUAC